GGGCGAGUAAGCUAGCACGCAGGCGACCGGACAUCUCGCGCUCUGGUUCGUUGCUUAGAGCAUGAGAAUUCGUUCCGAAUUCUUCAAAAGUUCCGCGUCGUUGUCCUGAUUUGAAGCCCACGAGCGAAGUUAUUUGAAGACCUCGAGCGGCGCAUCGACAGCACGUCAGCUGCCGAGAAUACUCAAAACGACAAUCCAAGAGAAGUAUGCCGGAAAAACGUCGAGUGUUGUUCGUGUGUCUCGGGAAUAUCUGCAGAUCGACGAUCGCCGAAGCCGUUUUCCAGCAUAUAUGUAAACAGCGAGGAAUCGAAGACCUGUGGGAAGCUGACAGCUGUGCCACGGGUAGUUGGCACACGGGAUCCAGCCCGGAUCGAAGAACUUUGAAAACACUUGCGAACCACGACAUCACUUUCAGCCACAGAGCCCGACAGCUCACAAACGAAGAUUUCGAGAAGUUCGAUUUUAUCUUCGGCAUGGACAAUAACAACAUCAACGCCAUAAAAGCUGCGGCUCCGUCCACUGAGAACCACGCUGUCAUAGAACUGCUUGGAAAAUACGAUCCCAAAGGUCACAGGAUCAUAAGAGACCCGUACUACGACAGUGGAUCUGCCGGUUUCGAAGAGGUCUUCGAACAGUGCAAGAGAUCUUGCUUAGCUUUCCUGGAGCAGCACAAAUGAGAUCGCUGCAAUGUCCCCGCGAAGCGAGGCGAAUCGUCGUGGUCACUUGUAUAGAUUAUUUAUGCGCAACACAAAGAUUUGUAAUAUAUCUGAGCUGAGAGUCCGUUAGCCAUGGGAGUCUAUAUCAUGGAUUGAUUCCCAGGCUCGGAAAUGACCUCCGAUUGAGAGGGAGACGAGGGUGUCUGAUUCGGCCUUUGAGACAUGAUCGUCGUUUGGGAGUUGUGUACGGCAAAGUAGUCGAGAAGAUAUUCGUCAUUCCGGCCCGGUCAAGCCUAAGGUGGAGCACUGGACUUGUGAUCGUCUCGCGAGAAACCAUUCGUUCCAGGGUCGUUAUCCUCGGGAUCGCACAUUUCAUCGAUGAGCAUACACGACUCGAAUCGAGACCGGAGAGCACCCUGGUGAGAACUUCGCAUGCGGAUACUUUAUCGAAAAAGUCUCGGAAUCGGAAGAUUUCUCCAAGCUUAAUAAAGACCGAGUGUA